AUGGACGCCCUCUUGGAGGGCCUGAACGAAGCACAGAAAGAUGCAGUCACGAGCCCUGCGGGUGUGCUCCAAGUGCUGGCGCCACCUGGAUCAGGCAAAACGAAGACACUGACAGCGCGCGUCGCGUAUCACGUUAUACACGAACGCCUUCAGCCAUGGAACAUCAUCGUCUGCACCUUCACGAUCAAGGCUGCACGUGAGAUGAAGGAGAGGAUCAAGGGUUUCGUCGGGGAGAAAUUGGAAGCCAAACUCAUCCUAGGCACCUUUCAUUCAGUUGCCCGCCGCUUCCUCUCUCGUUACGGUCAAGAGAUCGGCAUUGACAAGAACUUUGGUAUUGCCGACACCGACGACAGCAAAGCAAUCAUCAAGCGCAUCGUGCACCGCUACCAAUAUAUGGUCGAACCAGGAUACGCCCGUUCGAGGAUUUCAAGCCUGAAAGCGAAGGGCAUCACGGCUAAGGGUUUUGCUGCAACCAAGAAGAAGGCUGAGGACAGCGAAUUUUCUCAAAUUUACUCGUCGUAUCAGGAGCAUCUCAAAGCUGUGAAUCUGCUGGACUACGAUGAUCUGCUGAUUCGCUGUGUGGAUCUGCUACGACAACACCCAUCAUGCGUCUCCACCAUCCAGGCAGUGCUCAUCGACGAGUACCAAGACACCAACAACAUCCAGUACGAACUCAUGAAACUUAUGGCACAGAAUACGAAACGAAUUACCAUUGUCGGCGAUCCCGAUCAGAGCAUAUAUAGCUUCCGUGCUGCCGAGGUCAAGAACCUGCUUCGAAUGCGCGUGGAUUACCCUGAGGCUAUCGUUAUCAACCUCGAGAACAACUAUCGAUCUGCGGGAUCAAUCCUCAACGCUGCACUUGCUGUCAUCGAGCAGGACGACAGUCGACCAGAGAAGGCACUGAUCGCUACACACUGUGUCGGUGAGCAACCGACGCUCCGACACUUGGCUACCGCAAACGUUGAGGCGCAAUGGAUUGUCGACGAGAUCAAACGCACUCAGACGCUCAGUGCCGGGCUACUGACCUACAACGACUACUCGAUUCUGCUCCGCUCAGCAGCUCUAUCCCUGUCCAUCGAGCGUGAACUUGGGCGCGCUGGCAUACCCUAUAGAGUGGUGGGGGGCAAGCGUUUCUUCGACAGAGCCGAGAUCAAGAUCAUUCUAAGCUAUCUUCGGAUCAUCAACAAUCCCGACAAUAACGACGCCAUCGUUAAUGUCAUCAACAUGCCGUCUCGCAAGAUUGGAGACAAGACAAUCAAGGCUUUACUGGAGGAAGCGGAAGUUCGAAAGGUGCCUCUGUGGACAUUGGUACAGGACGUUGCUCAGGGCAGAAGGAACCCCGCCACCAAACUAUCAGCACCCGCGAAGCAGGGCAUCACCCUGUUUUUCAGGCUCGUUUACACAGCGCGCGAGAAACUCGAGCCGGCUCAAGGCGAGCCAUGGAACCUGCUCGAUCUCAUCACGCACGUCUUCAACCAGACAUCAUUCGAAGCAUAUCUCAAGCAGACCUACAAAGAGAAUUGGAAAGACCGACUGGCCAACAUUGACGAACUCAUCGCACAAGCGACACAAAUGGCGAAAGCGAUAAGCGAUGGUGAAACGGGAUUUGAUGAUGCGUUGCCUGAGGUAGAAAGCAUUGUGCAACGUCCUGACAGUCCAGCCGACAUCCUUUCCAAGUUCCUCGUCAAUGUUGCACUUGCAACGGAGGUUGAGAGGGAAGACGGCGAAGAAGUGUGCCAGGUUACAAUCUCUACGAUACAUGCAGCCAAAGGUCUCGAAUGGCCGAUCGUCUUCAUACCCGCGGUCUACGAAGGGUCUCUCCCACACUCCAGGGCGGAAGACCAUGACGAAGAGCGACGGCUAUUGUAUGUUGGCAUGACGCACCUCGCAUUCAAGAGAAGCACCAUACUUGAUAUCGCGCGCAUCCUCGGCAGGCCUUGUCCGGAGUUCGGACAGCUUGCCGCCGCCCGCACUCUGCUCGAGCGUCUGGAAGACGACAGGUAUCCGGCAACACGCGACGAGAUAGAUGGUGUGCCAGCAUCAUACAGCACGGAGUAUACUGGCUGGAAUCAUGACAGGCAGGGUGUGGACAACAAGCGGCGCAGAGUCGAGUCGCUAGACAAGCACAACGGCAUCGUGUCUACAACAACUCUCACAUCAACGAAUGGUUUCUUCAGCGCCCGAGACUUGCAGAAUUUGUACCAAGAACCACGACAGCUGAUGUUUCAAGAUGAUGACCAUGGAGGCCGAAAGCCAACCUACAAUGAGGUCAGAAGACUGGGCGAGAAUCCGUCCCAGGGCAGGAAGCCCAAGCCUCGAGCGGCUGAUCAGGGUGCGAUCACAAGCUUUUUUAAAGACGCUGGUAGGACACUGUCUGGAACGCCAGAACCGACUCCACAGCUGGGUAGACGCUCACUCAAACGAUCACAAUCCUCAUUGUCAGGUCUCGCGCCGCUGAACGAUGUUUCCAACGUUCAGCAAGCUGCUUCACGCCCACGGUUGUUCCAACCACUUUCGGUCCCCAACUGCACCCUGCAUCAUCGUCCCAUGGCCAGAAAGCCUAGGAGAGCUGGCAAUGACUCGGACGCAGAGAACGCACGACACGCGCUGUGCCUGAGCUCACCGUCCAAGCUGGACGAGAAGGAUGUUAUCACCCUUUCCGACAGCGAUGAUGUGAACGAGGUUGCUCGCCCAACGAAAGCACCAGCCACUUCCACCAACGGAUUCAGACCCGCGUCGACUUUCCACACGACGACGAUGAGUGUGGUGCAGAAUCAGCAAGCUCAGCGUAGAACACUGGGUGCAAGAAGGACUAUGCAGGGUUGGAGUGUGAAGCAUACAAGCACGCCGAAGCCGCGGCCGCAGUGA